CUUCAUGCCCAGCCCUGGCAACGUUUGGAGCAGGAAUGGCCACCCGGGGCACUCGAAUGGGUGCAAAGCUGCUGCCCAAGGCUGCUGCAGGGGUAGUGGCAUUGCCUGUCCCUCCUGCUCACCCUGGGGACGGUCCUGCUGAGCCCUGGGUGUUAACUAAAUGUGUUAACUUUCCCAYAGAGGAUGGACACCUCAUCAGUCCCAAUUCGGUGAGCCAACAGCCAAGUCAUGUGCUCCCCACACCUUGUCCCACACCUGGGCASCCUCACCGGUGUGCCCAGACCCUUCCCACGUGGGCAAAGGGACAGUGCAACCCUUUCCUCCUGGCCAGACUGACCCAGGGGCUGUGGGAGCUCUCCCCAUCUCCUGCACUGCAGGAAGAGGGUCUGUGGCAGAGCAGGCUGGGGACAGCAGAGGAAAGCGCCGUUCCCUAGGGAUCACGGUGGUGAGAUCAGAGUGGCUGUCCGGCUCCCAGGGCUGGUCCCUCGGGAUGAAGGCAGUGGCAAUGCCAAACUCUGCCAGUGCCGAGCCGUGCCGGCCGGGUGGGUGACAAUGGGUGACGUCAGGGAGCAGUCCAAGGGUGCCCGUGGCUUAUCAGCUCCCACCCGCCCUGUUUGCCCAGCAGUGCCCGGGUGGCUGCUGCUCCCGCUCGGCAUUGCUGCUGGCAGUGUUUGGAGAGAGGAGAGGGAACUCYGGGGACCUCAGCACUGGGGACAGCUCAGAAAAGGGUGCUCAKGGCAUUGGGGAGGGUGGGCUCUGAGGGAGAGACCAGGAGCUGUGCUCACCCCAAAAAUAGGAGAGCAGGGCAGAACUGGAGCAGUGCUGUGGCUGUCCUCAAGUCCARUGACCAGUGUCCCACUCCUUGAGUGUCCCCAAUACUGGUGACAGGGUCUGGUUUCUGUGUCAGGCCCUUGCCAUCCUGUGCCCUCCUGCUGUCAGGGGCAAACUGUCCUGUGUCCUCUGGUCAUCCUGUGAYCCUGGUCACCCUGCAUCUCCCUGGUCACCACCUGUAUCCCCUGGCCAUGUUCUGUGCUGCCUCAGACAAUUCCACGGGCACAUCUUGCUUCCAAGGCAGAAAUGGCACCUCUGGCACMGUGUCUUUGGGACCUGAGCUGAUUGCCAUCACCCCUGUCCUCACAGGGGAGGUGCGGUGUGGGCCAGCACAGCCACAGACCAUAGCACAGACACAGGGCACCCACAGUGAAAAAGCUSUUGUCCAGCUGCUGUCCCUGCCAUGGAGGUGACCAAGCCACUCUCCACGUGGCACAUCUACCCUUGCAUCCACAGGUUCCAAACCCCUCCCAGGUGUGCUCAGGGAGCCCAACAUCCAUCUCAAAGGGGMACAAUGCUGGAGAUGGGUGAUCUGAACCUGCAUGAGGGUGGUGCAGCACCUGGGGGGACCCCACAGAGAGGCUUUGCCCACUGCAGCGGCAGCCCCUGUUUGCAGAGGCAUCGCUCGAUACGCAGUAUGUUCUUCAGAAGAUCCCUACUCCAGGAGUCAAAAUAGCAUGAAAUUUAAUUUUACGCCUAUUUGACAAAGCUUGAUUUCACCUCCAAUCAGCAGGGAGAUAAGAGCCCUCGGCACAAGUGUGCGGGCAGUUUGGCAGCUGGGGCUGCCGAUUUAAUAGGUGAAUUUACAGGGACAACACUUGAAAAUCCCCUGGCUAGUGAACCAUUAAGGUGAGCCCUGCCUUCCGUCCCCGCGUCCCUCCCCGCGCCGCUCUCCCGUUGCUGGGUGCUAAAGCAAACCCCAGCUCUGUUUACCGAGUCUACUAUUACAAUACGGCUACCAAAUAUUUGCCAGCCGUCAGCUCGCUGCUCCGCUAUAAAUACUUCAGGCCCAGGUGGAGGGAYGGGCAGGGGGAGCGGCGCGGGAGCCUAUGCAUGGCCGGGCAGCAGCGCCAAGGGUGAGUCCCAGGGGUCCCUCUGAGUGCUGACAUGGCUGCGGGUGUCAUCCAGCCCCUGGCCGAGCUGCGGCUGCCCUCACCCUUCCCCCACGGCCUCUUGCUGCCCACGCACCCCGAGCCCGACUUCCCUGACCUCUCCGAGGAGGAGGAGGAGGAAGAAGAGGAGGAAGAGGAGGAAGAGGAGGAGGAAGUGGAGGCAGUGGAGGAGAGCGUGAGGCCGGAGCUGGUCAGCGUCUCCAGCACUGCCGAGACCACCCUGCGGCUCCUCAAGUUUUCGGAGCUCAUCAGCUGCGACAUCCAGCGCUACUUCGGGCGGCGGGGCCGGGAGGAGGCCCCCAGCAGCYGCCCCGUGCCCGAGGACUGCGGCUCGCCCCGGAGCACCGAGGCCGUGCCCGAGGCCGUGCGGGGCAGCCCGGGGGCCGCACACAGGCUGGGGCCGCUGGCCGAGCUCUUCGAGUACGGCGUGCACCGGUGCCUGCCCGCCCGGGCGGCCGGCGGCCGGACACAGCGGCUGGAGAGGAARUACGGCCACAUCACCCCCAUGCACCGCAGGAAGCUGCCGCCAUCCUUCUGGAAAGAGCCGGGCCCGGGCCCCGCCGGCCUCCUCCACAGCGGCACCCCCGACUUCAGCGACCUGCUGGCCAACUGGACAGUGGAGCCAGGGCCAGAGCUGCCGGGCCGCCCGGGGCUGGAGGCUGAGCCCUUUGCUGGGCUGUGACCCCACUGUGGCCCCGGGGGCCCCCGGUGCCGCCACGUGCCACCCGGUUAAUGAUAAACCUGCUGGCCCCGGUGCCAGCGCCGGGCCACUCGGAGCUGCCGGGACAGYGAAUAAAUGACUCCCGCCAGGCACCAGCGCGGGCCGUGUCCUUUGCCACCCGCCA